CAUAUGGAUGCUUGUUUCCUUGUCUCAUGUAGCUUUUUCUGUGCAAAUGGCUCCCAACUCCUUCCUGUAAAAAUGCUUUAGAGGAUCAAUGGGGAAGGCAGCAAAAUGGCUUAAAAGCUUCUUGACCGGAAAGAGGGAGGAGAAGAAAAAGAAAGGUGAUAACUUAACAUCUCCAUUGCCGACAGAGGCCCAAUCAGCUCCAAUCCCAGUGCCCACACCAAAGGAGAAGAAGAGAUGGAGCUUCCGGAGACCAGCAGCAGCAGGGAAGGGUUUAAGUUCACCAGACCCAACCGUAAGUGCACCUACAAAUGUACUGCCAGAGGUUGAGAUUGAUCAGAAGAGGCAUGCAAUGGCUGUAGCAGUGGCAGCGGCUGCAGCAGCAGAUGCUGCCAUGGCUGCUGCACAGGCUGCAGCAAAUGUCAUGCGUUUAACCUCUGCUGCCACAGAUAAAAAUUCCAGUAACAUUGAGGAGGCUGCUGCAAUCAAGAUUCAGGCUGCCUUUAGAUCUUAUCUGGCAAGGAAAGCUUUAUGUGCGCUGAAAGGUCUAGUGAAACUGCAAGCAUUGGUGAGAGGCCAUCUGGUGAGGAAGCAAGCUACUGCUACUCUCCGCCGCAUGCAGGCUCUGGUGACCGCUCAAGCUCGAGCAUGUGCCCAGAGGAUCCAAAUGGUUGAAGAGUACAAAGUCAUCUCACAACAGCAGUCAAUAUACAGGAGAUCACCACAGCAUCCCAGAUCUCGGUAUUCAUAUGAGUUGGAUAGAAGUGCAGAGGAGAAUGCUAAAAUUGUGGAAAUGGAUCUGGGUGAGUCAAGGAGCACUUCAAAGAGCAGAAACAGUUAUUCUAUCACACAAACUGAAACAAAAGAUCAUAGGGCCUUUGCAUAUUAUGGCAGUGCUCGUCCACCUCUCAGGGCAGAACAAUACCAACAGUUCUCACCUGCUCCAUCAGCUAUAACUGAUAUGAGCCCAAGGGCUUACAGUGGACAUUUUGAGGAGUUCUCAUUCACCACAGCACAAAGCAGUCCCCAGUACUUAUCAGCGUUGUCUGCAUCUGAUGCAACACAAGCUUCUUUCGACUACUCCUUUUACCCAAAUUACAUGGCCAACACAGAGUCUUCAAGGGCAAAGGCACGGUCACAGAGUGCACCAAGGCAACGAACUGAUACAUAUGAAAGGCAAACAAGCAGGCGGAGGCCAUCAGUGGAAGGAAGAAACAUUCCAAGAGGUGUUAGGAUGCAACGAUCUUCUUCCCACGUGGGUUUGACAGCAAAUGGAUAUCAGUAUCCAUGGCCAAUCAAGCUUGACAGGUCCAGCAUGUCCCUCAAAGACAGUGAAUGUGGUUCAACAAGCACCGUGCUUACAAAUACCAACUAUUGCAGAUCUUUGGUAGGAUAUGAGGUUCCCAAAAAUAAGUACUGACUCUUAUCUUGACAAUCUCAACUACUGCCAUUUGGUACAUGUAACACUGGUGAAGGUAGAUGGUAAACAGAAAGUUCAUGUCAAGCUUCUUAAGGAGAAGGAAAUGUUCAGAAAUUGCCGAGUCCCAGGAAUGCUUUUCCCCCCUCUACAUGUUAGCCAUGAUUUUAAGUCUUCUAAUACCUUGUUUUAGCUUGGGCUAUUUCCACUUUCUUUUUAUAUUUCAUUCCUAUUGUAACAACUGAACAACUGCAGAUUGUUUACAGACAUAGUUUUGCGCACUUU